AUGAAGGCUUUGCAAGAACUAAUACCUCACUGCACUAAAACUGAUAAAGCUUCAAUUUUGGAAGAAGCCAUAGAUUAUUUGAAGUCACUUCAGUUACAAGUUCAAGUUAUGUGGAUGGGGAGUGGAAUGGCUGCUGCAGCGGCUCCUAUUAUGUUCCCUGGGGUACAGCCUCCUCCACAUUUCAUCCGUCAGGUGCAGAGCCCGGUACUGUUGCCUAGAUUUCCUGUUAUGGACCGGUCUGUGAUUCAAAACAAUCCCGGUUUAGUUUGUCAAAACCCGGUACAAAACCAAGUUUUGUCUGAUCGGUUUGAUAGAUACGUUAGCCAAUUCCCACAGAUGCAGGCUGCCUCUCAGCCGAUGGAGAUGUUGAGGUUUGGUUAUCCGGCGGGACAGGAAAGUCAACGUACGUCUGCGCCAGCUAAGACCACCGACGGUCCUCUUUAG